AUGCCGGCUGCAUUGAUGUCAUCUCUGGACGGGAGUAUGACUGACUCGGGGGAUCUGGAGCAGGCAGCACCUCCCUGCCUUGGAAAUGUGUCCCGCGACCUGCUUCGAAACUUUCCUCAUACUAAACGCGUAGGCAGCUACCUGGUGGGCAAAAUGAUCAACAAAGGGUCCUUCGCCAAGGUUAUGUUGGGCAUGCACAUCAGUACAGGGGAGAAGGUGGCAAUCAAGGUGAUAGAUAAGAAGAAGGCUUGUCAGGAUUCAUAUGUUUUAAAGAACAUGAAACGUGAACCUAGAAUUCACCAAAUUAUCCGCCAUCCGAACAUCGUCUUGCUACUGGAGACGCUAGAGACGGAGAACUGCUACUACAUGGCCAUGGAGCUGUGCGGAGGAGGAGACCUGAUGGACAAAAUAUGUGAACGCAAGCGGCUGGAGGAGAGAGAGGUGCGCAGGUUCACCCGCCAGAUACUGUCUGCAGUGGAACAUCUGCACAGGCAUGGGAUAGUUCACAGGGACCUGAAGAUUGAGAACUUUCUACUAGAUGAAAACAACAACAUUAAGAUUGUAGACUUUGGUCUGAGUAACACUUUGAAGGCAGAUUCUCUCUCUUUGGAGCUACUGAAUACUCAGUGUGGCAGUCCUGCUUACGCUGCCCCUGAACUGCUGGCCCACAGGAAGUACGGUCCUAAAGUGGAUGUGUGGUCUGUGGGUGUAAGUAUGUUUGCCAUGUUGACUGGCACAUUGCCGUUUACGGUGGAGCCCUUCAACAUUAAGCAGCUUCAUCAGAAAAUGGUGAAUGGAGAAAUCAGUGCAAUACCAUUAGACAUCAGCAAAGCGGCUGCACAGUUUGUCUUAUCUCUGUUGGAGCCAAAUCCAACAAAAAGGCCCACAGUGAAAGCAGCAAUGGAAGAUAAAUGGUUGAAUGAGGGUUAUGCCAAGAGACCCCUUCAUUCUGUCACUUAUAAAAACAGGCUGUAUCCUGAGGAUCUAAAUUUAGCUGUGUUAAACUACAUGACAGAAUCUCUAGACUAUGGUCUUUCUGAUAUCAUCCAUACUGUCAUUAACAACAAACCAUCUGCCAUCUUAGCUUCCUACCAUCUACUGCUAAAACAACUCAUUAGACAUCAGAAAGGAGUCAAGACCAUGAAGACGGACACACCUGACAGGGGGUUAGGAGUGGUACUGUCUCAGAUGGUGGAGGGGGAGGAGUUUCCCGUGCCGUACAUUAGUCACAAGCUCACACAGAGACAGACUAAGUACAGCACCAUCAAGAAGGAGGGUUUAGCCAUCAAGUGGGCACCACUUCAAAAUGAUGCAGCCAAUGAGAGGAACUCAAGACAGACCAGUAAGACCCACAGGAGCCAAUCACAGGACAAGAAAAGGCCAGCAGAGACAAUCAGACCAAAGCAGCCUAGCCUAAUGGUUAGAACCGAUCUGCCCACCACACUGCACGUGGAUAAUUUCACAGCUAACGAGAUUGCUAUACUUGUUGAGACGUAUGAUGGACUGAUUCCUAAGGUCUCAGAAAAGGAGAUCCUUUGUGUCUCACCACCUAAGUGUUCCUGCAGAAAAGGGAGUGGCACCAAACUCUGUGACUCAGCUCCUUGUGAUGCCACUGUAACCAUAGACACUUCUAGAGACUCUCAGAUAAUGAACCCAUCUUUCAAACCACAAGAUCUGGGACCAGCCUACUCUGACAAAUAUCAAGGGUUGGAAUCUGAACAUCAACAUGAUGAUCACAAGUUGGAGAAGUUGCAGACAUUCUACUCAGAGAAAGGUGCAUAUCCCAGAACAGGGCAGCGCGUUAAAGAUCUGUUACUGGCGAUUGAGGAGAAAACCUAUAAUGGUCGCCACCUCAGUACUAUGGAAACCACAACACAAACCUCCCCAUUACCACGACUACGCCACACUGCAACACUAAAAGAAGCCAUGCCCAGAAAAGUAACUUGGGUUGGUCUUACACGCCAUGCCACAGCUGGCACAGGCUCCUCACCUUUCUUAGUAAAUGGGUCCAAACCACCAUUGUUUCCAUCACAGAGACAACAAGCUCUUGUCAUUAAAAACCUGAGACAUGCAAAGGAGAAGAGGAACAUUGUAACAGGAGGGGGAGGAGGGAUAGGUAUCUCCAGUAAUACAGCGAAACAGAACUCUGUUCAGUUACGAACGGCUAUACAGCGCAGGGUAACAGAUCUUAACUUACCAAUGCUUCCAUCUGCGUUACAGAACAAAUCUGAAAAAAAGACAGAAAUACUCAGAAUGGACUUUGGAUGA